UCGGAGGCGCCGUGUACAUUCUCGGCCGCGAUUUCCAGAUCGAGUCCACAGCCGACAAGCACACGCUCACCAUUGACGAGGUUCCGGACGUGCUGACAGCAGACUUACUCAUACAUCACGUUGAGGACCCCUCGCUCAUACCCAUCGCGCGCGCCAUCGCCAUCAUCGCAAGGCCUAUCUCUUUCGCCAACGACCCAGAGGAGGCAACAGUUGUCGUCUUUCCACCUUCGGACGGCGGCUUCGCUGUUACCGGAUUGAUCACUGGCUCGUCAUCCAUGAGUUGUCCGGAAGGGAGCUGUAAGCAGACACCUUCGCUCCCAGUGCCAGCUCUGACGCAAGGCAGAUAUUGUCUACCUAUCAACGCCGCUUCCCAACGUAGAAUCGACAUCAUCACCCGCAGAGCGCGCAGAAUCUGUCCUUCGCCCGUAUCUCGAUCGAUUGCUCGCCGCCGCGGGGCCGGACCCACCCGCUGAACUUCAUACUGAGACCGUCGCCAUGCCAGCAGAUGCAGACCAACCUGCAGACGCCAUAGCUGUCGCUGGUGCCUCAGCACAGUCACCAAACACUUCAUCAUCUGAAGAACAUCGACGCGUUGCGCCAGACAUACCCACUCCUCCCGCUACUCGCCCUCCCAUUCACCCCCUCUUCACCCACUUCUACGUGCAACAUACACCUGCGAGCGAGACCCUUUGCUCUGGCACGAGCACUAUGAUUCCCGCACCUGGCGCGUACGACGUACCAGAAGAUCUGACCUCAGAGUCGUCCGCCCCCUCAGGGACAGCCGCGGACUUGGGCAACCGGUCCUCUCGCCUGCCUCCUCCGCUGCCCUCCGGCCCCGACGCAGCUGCUACGACCGGCGCACGCAUCUUCUGGGCCGCGAUCCGUGCGCUCAGGCAAAAGGAUGGAGGCGCGACACCAACGGACGAGGCGCCACUGAAUACUUCCCCAGAGCUCGAACAGGCAGCUGCUUCGGAUGCCUCGACGGCGACGAGCGCAAGCCCUUCUGCAGCAACAAUGCCAGAGUCUUCUGGGACGGACCGCGUCGCCAAGCGUCGCGCCGCACUCGCGACAACCACACUCUGGCCACCACUCGUCGUGCGGGACGCCGAUGACGAAGGUGGGUGGUAGACGGAUAGAAUGGGGAUACGCGAAGACUGGGAGAGGGCGAACGGGAACUCAAGACGAGAAAGAAGUGAAGGGUUCGAAUUAGAGAAGAUUCUCUGCCCAAGGUUGUGCAAUGUAU